AUGCCUACAAAUGUAUAUAGGAUUCAAGGUCCUGAAGGAACCAUUCCAUAUCAACAAUACCUAAUCAAUAAAAAAAAUACUAAACUUAACGACAUUUCCAAAGCGCUAAUAAAGAAUGUACGAUAUGACGGGAGAGAUUUUUUAACACAUAGGCAAUUAUGUAAAAAUUUAAUCUUUUUCUUUAAUAUAUUUAUUUUUUUGUAACUUCUAACAGACCAUGAAGGCCUUUUGCUACUUCAACCAAAUCCUUCCAAAAUCCUUAUAAUCCGCUUCUCUCAAAUUUGCUAUUUCAUUAAUUUCCUAAAAAUACUUCUAAUUCGAUUUAGCCAAUAUUAAUGCAGCACUAAUAUAGAAUAAAUAUAUUGUAUAUAUACAUAUAUUUUUUUUUAUCAAGGUAUCAAGACUGGCAUUGUUACCCAAGCCAAAGGAUCAGCUUAUGUAGAAUGUGGUCAUACAAAAUUAGUGUGUUCUGUAUUUGACCCAAAAGAAGUUCCAAACAAAGUAGAGUAUGCUAAAACAGGAGAACUUCAGUGUGAAUUUAAAUUUGCCACAUUCUCUUGUCGACAGCGGCGUAACUACAUGAGAGAUCCAGAAGAAAGACAAUUGUGUAACGAAUUACGGAGAGCUUUAGAACCUGCUAUUUGUAGAGUAAGUGCUAGAUAUUAUGUUAAAUUGAGAUAAUACAUUGAAUUCUCUUAAUUUUGUUUAACUCUUAAAUAAUAUAUAUGUAUUUAGAUUGUCAUUUAAUCAAUAUAUCAAACUAGGUAUAAUAAUACUAUGUUAAGAAAAAAUGAUAUUAUACAAGUAGCAAGCUAAAUGAUAACUACUAUAAUCAUUUAGUUUAUCAUUAAGUUAAUAAUUUGCAUUCUGAACUACUAAUUAUUUUAUUAUUUGAAAAUUAAAUUUAAGUAGGUAUAUUUAGUUACUUCCAUCAUUAGCUAGCAUUUAAAUAUAAUUUUGAAAACGGAAUUGGCAAAAUUUCCUUAAAGGUUUUAGUUGUGGAUUCCAAACAAAAAUAUUUAUUUAAUGUUUUCAAAAUAAUAAAACCUUAAAAAAUAUUUGAAAAUCUAUAUGUACAGAUAUUUUAAAUUUGUAAAAUUACAAUUAAAUGAGGUUAUUACAUUAAAGAGGUAAUUUCAAAAAUAUUUCUGGUUUUUUUUCUAGAGAUCUAUUCUGUAAUAGUAAAUAGGUAAUAAGUAACAAUUGAAUAUUUAUUUAUGCAACUAAUAUAGUGGUGUCACUGAUUAAAAUUUCAAUACCAAAUAUUAUGAAAAUAAAAAUAAAUUGUUUGAUUAAGUAAUAUGAGUUAUUCUUAUGUAUUUGUAAUACAAAGUAUAUCCAAUAAUAAAUGGUAAAAAUAAAAAACCAUUUCAAUAUAAUAUAUGCAUUUUAUUUUUUAUUACUGUAAUAAUAUAUUUUAUGUUACGUAAAUCUUUUUUAUUUAGUUUAACAUACUUCAACAAUUGUUUAUUAUCAAGUAUUGACUACUACUAUUGGCUUAAAUAUAAAACCAAUUCCCAAUACCAGUAUUUUAUUUAAUACAUGGUUCCAGUGAUAUUGGUACCUAUGUAACUGAUAUUUACUGUUAGUCUAUCUUCAAUAAUAAUACUUUAAUGUACCUCUAGAAACAAGUUUAAUUGAAUAUUUUUAUUUCAUAGGGUGAAUUUGCAAAUUUUGAAAUUCAAAUCAAUGUUUUAGUAUUAGAAAAUGAUGGAUCAGUUUUGGCUACAGCAAUAACAGCUGCAGGACUUGCACUUAUGGAUGGAUGUAUACCAAUGUAUGAUGUGAUUGUUGCUACUUCAUUGGUUUGUUAUUAUUAAUGUAUUUUAUAAAAUUUAAGUAGUACAUCAUGGGUUCAAAAUAUCGUCCUAACACUCCUAAAUAAUUUGUUAUAAAUUAUCUAUUUUUUCUGUUUAAUAUUUAUUAAAGUCUGGAUGAAUAGAUAAAUAAAUAGAUUUAUUAAAAAGUUUUGAUAUGAUUUUAGUUUAUCAAACUCACAAAAAUUAAAUUAAAAAAAUGUAUAUAUAAUAAUUGAAAAACUAAUAAAUUUGGUGGAAAGUUUCAAAUUUAUAACAAUUUAAAUUAGCGUAUAUGGCACAUUGGGGUAAUAAUAAUCUAUAAUAUUCAUCACACCUGUAAUCCUACAUAAAAAGGUUUAGAUUUAUAGUUUGUACGCUACCUUUUUUUAGUUUUAGUUGGAUUUAGCUGUAUUUCAUCAAACAAAGAGUGACAUGUAAUAGAAUGGUUACAUUUACAGCCAUACCACUGCAACCUUCAAUUAAUUGCUAUAGCUUUUGAUUUAUAAAUUUUCAUUAAAUUUUAAUUGCACCAUCAUUCUUAUAGAGUUGAAAUAAAUUCUUUUUCAUUGGGGUUUACUGAAUUAAAAUUGUUCCAGUAUUACUUAAAAUUAAAAUAGUUAUGUAGGCCCAAAAUAAUUAUUUUGAUUGUUAAGAUUUUUAGCAAACUUUUAUGAGAAUAGACAGCCAUUUAUCAGUAUGCAUCUGAAUUAUGAUAAUCUAUGUAUUUUACUUAUAAUUGUUUUAAAGUUUGUUUUUUUUUUGCAUAGGGCAUUUACAAAAACAAGAUUUUAGUUGAUCCAACAUUUGAUGAAGAAACAUUGUGUUCAACUAUUACAGAAAAAGAAGAGAAUAGAGGCACUGUAAUGUUAGCGUAUAUGAAAAAUAUACAACAAAUUACGGAUUUUGCUCAAAAUGGAUCAAUAAAUGUUAACAUGUUUCCAGAGUAUGUUCAAACAUUGAUUGACCAAAAUUGUCAGCUGUACAAAAUAGUAGUCUCUGCUGCCAGAAAUGAUGUAAUAGACUAUUUUGAAAAUGAAAGUCAAUAA